AUGUGUCUUCCAGCCCUCGGACUGUUAGGGUUCUUGGGGCCAGUAGGGUGGGGGGCAGCAGCAGUGGUAGGGGGGGUUAUAUUGAUUACGGUGGUUAAAAAGAACAGAGAGGAGAAACAAUGGAUUUCUCCAGGAACUCAACAGUGUUUUGAUGACGAGCGAACAUGGUACAAGAAGGAAAAGUCAAAUGAAGCUUCUGGAGAAACUGGAAAUGCUAGUAAGAAGAGAGAAGAACCGUGCCGUCAUGACGAACAUGAUGAUGACAUAAUAAAAGGUUACGGCCUUGGAUAUGUUGGCACAUAUAAAGAGUAAGUCUAUCAUUUUGGUUCAUUUUUGGGUGGAAGUACAGGUAGACCUAGGCCUAAUCUCAUCAACCCAGAACCAAAUAUUGUGUGAGCAGAGUACUUCAGCCAUCUACUCUAUUAUACUCUAUUAUAUCUCCUAGAUAUAGGACAGACACGUCAAAACCUUAUUCCUUAAGAUAAACAAUUGUACUGUCUUUUUUGCCAUUUAUGAAUGUGUUAUUCAAUGCAUUUCUAUGGGCUAUAGUAGUAAAGGCCAAAUUCUAUAUUUUAUCAAAUCAAAUCAAAUUUGGGAUACCUAAAGGGGACCUAAAAUUCAAAUUCAAAUAGCUAAAUGAUCCAUGCUAUGACCAUCUUAAAACAAUUCCAUACGUUAGCUUAGUAGUUAUAAUGGAUGUUAUAGAUGACCAUGGAUCAUUCCAUAUGAAAUCAAUCGCCUUUUUGUCAUUAAUCCUUUCCAUGUUUGCCCAUGGUAGAAGUGGUCGGAAAGUGACAUUUUGGACCUGAAUGCCAACAUAUUCAGGAGACCAGCCAGCCAGCCCAGCGGGAGACAGAGAUACUCAAAGUUAUUUAGCCACUAUCAGUAGCGACCAUCUGUAAUAACCACACACAUUUAACUGACAACUUAGUGUUACUUUCCUUCAUUUUGUACAUUUCGCAUCAUUCCAUUCCAUUGUUUCAUUUACCUUUGUAGUUUCCUCUCUUGUAAACGCUUUCACGUUGGUGUGAUUAUUAAUGGGGGUUGCUAGCAAUAGUGGAUUAUAUUUAACAUAAUACAAAUUGUAUAAAUGUAAGUCGGGACAUGUAAUUAAAUCAUUAUGGAGCAAACCAAACAGUAGCAGUUUGGUCUGUAACACAAUGCAAGACUUGACCGCUGUCAUUACAUCACAGUUCCAUGAUCAGUGAGGGCAAUUAGGGUAGACUUAGAAGACUAUUGUACACUACUAUUCUUCCUUCCAAUAUUACCAUGGAUUGAAGAACUGAAUGUGGAAUCUUUUUGGGGUAAAGGCUCUCCAAAGCUGUGUCUCUAUGAAGUACAGUAGGUAGGAUUUCUGAAUAGGCCUACUUUCCUAGCCAUAAAUAAUCUACAAUGUCAGAGCGUAUCUUAAAUAUUGCCUAGGUGCUGAAACAAAGACAAAAGUAUAUUUAUAUAGAUUUCUUAAAUAUUCUGAAUGCAUUCUCAAUACAUUCUAGUCUUCUUGUGUUGAGUAAGGUUACCAGUAUUUAAAGGGUUCUGUUCUGAAAUAUUAACUGGAAAGUGUUAACUCCAAACUCUUAUGUUUUAUAGAAAAUCUGUCGGCCACGAGAGGGUGGGACUUUUAAUGUUGAAUCCAGAUUAUUCCGAGUGUGUAAGGAAGACACACCCAAAUAAGUUGUUGUAGGCCCGCAUUAGAUAAUCAUUAAAAAGUAAGAGAAGUGGUUAAAUCCAAACACUUAGGAAACGUGUAUCUUUCCUAAGUCUGAAUCGGGCCCUAUGAGACAUAGACACAAGAUAGCCAGACAGAUAAGCAUUAUAGAGGAAAUUUGUCCAUUCAGAAUCACCAUAGCCAUUUCUUUAACCUCAUCAGUCCUGAGGACCCCAGAAAAAAUCACUACUGUAAUUUAUCUGCAUGUCCAGCCCUUAUAUUUAGCCUCACAAUUAAGUGUUUUACCAGUUUAUUUUCAGGACAACCAGGGCUACAAGUAGAGCACAAAACAAUUUGACAUAAACAGUUGCAUUCAUGAGUUUAACUGAUAAAUGUCAUUAAGAAAAAUAAGGUCUGUCAAACAAAAACCUGAUAAAAAUGAAAUUAUAAGAAUGCUGUAAGUACAGAAAUUGUUUGCUCAGUGGGAAAUGAAUAUUCAACUGGUCAGUGACAACUGUGUGGAGUUUGUAGUUUGUGACAUAACUAUGUGAGCUUAUUACAGUAUUAUAUGGAUUUCCUAUGAUUUUCUAUGUAGAAGAACUCCUUACCUUCUAGCUACUGUUGUGUAGCUUGUGAGCGUCGUAGGGCAAAACAGAUUACAUGCACAUGUUUGUGAGAGUCUCAAUAGUUCAAACUAUACCAACGUUUUUGUGAGAGGAACCGCCCCCGGACCACUUCGGGAUCCGCCCUUGUCUCACAAACACCACUCUAGCUCAGCUCCCGUUAAUCACACAGACUAAUGGUUGGUAUCAAUGGACAGAGAAGAAAUAGAAAAACAACAAACACACAAUGUUUAAAAGGGGUUAGAAGUCCCAAGCAAGCCAGUGUCAUGAUUAAAGUCUACUUUGAUAGCUGAAUACAAUAGGCCUUUUUAUGGAUAGGCCUAGGACUUAAUUUUCAUGACAGCAUGGAUAUAAUUCCCUCUGCAUUGACAAACUAAUAAUCUCGUCCACCAGCUGGCUCUCUGUUAAACCAUAUGGUUUCACAGCGCCUCAGAAUGGAAGAUCAAUAGAAGUCUAUGGCAGGAGCAGAUGAAACAACCGCUGGUUUUAAUUGGCUGAUCUCUCAGUCCAUCAUCUAGCAUAACCCUUAGAACACUGUGGACUUCAAACGCCAGCACCACAAGUGAUUUAAACAAGGAAGUGAGUUUAGAAUAUCUGAGAAAUACGCAUUUUAGAAAUAGUUUUCAAUUGGGCUUCUCAAAAAUAAUAUACAGUCGAUUUUCGCCCCAUCUAACACAACUGUCGCACGCUCGCUCCCCAUUCCCGCCUCGAGUUAGAGCCAAGCCUCAUAAUCGUGUGAUUCUCUCAGAAUUUAAAUUGAUUAGCAUUCCACUCAGUAAAUCCACCCCCCCUAAAUUCCAAAUAGUCCCACACUGUUACCAGGCUCUAUGUGGCAGCAAUUCGAGCCGGGAGACAAGGUUAACAAACAAAUGAUGUAAACCUAACCUACUAAUUCUUCUUCUCUCCUCAUAAGUGACAAAAAAUUUAGACCAUCUCGGUGUGAUAAGGAGAAUGAAGGCAUUACAGAGGCAGACCAUAUUCCACCAAAGGAUUGUCUGAAGAAGGCCCUAAACGAUGUACGAAUGGAUCGUCUCUUACAAGUGAAUCCAAGGCUUCAUGAGAUGAUCAUGAGCCUUGUUUAUGACCCAACUGGACAGAAACUGUUAACCAUGAGGGUUCUUUACCAGGAUCACAGAGAUGCUUUGACCACUGGUAGUAGCAAGGAAUCUAAAAUAUGCAGGUGAAUGCUUUAUAAAUGCUCAAGGUUUUUCCCCAAUGUGUGUACAUGUUCCCUCCCCUUAUAGAUUGGAAAUAGUUGUAAAUCCUUGAGUGCAGGGUUUGGGUCAAUUCAGGAAGCAUCAUUUGAGUUGAAUUUGAAUUGCAGGAAGUGGAAUUUAAUUCAAAGCAAUUCAAGCCAAUUUAACUGAGACGUGAAACAUAAAAGUCUCAUUCAUUUGACAAAUGUUUCACCUAAAGGAUAUGCCACUUAUUAAUGCAAUGAAUACACAUACCAUUUCAAAUAUUAGUUUGAUUAAAACUCAGAGUAUUUUUCUUUGUCAUGAGAUGUUAGAUUGUUCCCUUCCAUACUGCAGUGUUUGAUGUAAUGCAUUCUUGCCAAAAAAUAUCAGAUAUUUAAAAAUAUUGAGGGAUUUAUGAAUUAUUAUAGACAUCCCACAAUAUGAUCUUAGAAUAUUUCCAGACCACUGUAAUUAUUAAAAAUUGUUUUAGGAUAAUUAAUUUUAAAAAUGUUGGCACACACAAAUUAAAUAUAUCACCCUUAUGCUAUGUGGCGUUGGUAACCAUAUAUGACAGCCUGGUCUCAUAGACUAGACUUAACAUAGUGAAUGUAAAUCCGGGACACACAAAUGAGUAUGACAUGUUACGUUUGGUAUGGUUACAUAAGACAGAUGGUAACUUAAGGCAAAAACGAAAGUAGGGUGGUUGGUUGGGGUGGAUGGGUGGGCAUUUCGCAUUUUAGCUAAUUAGCAACUUUUCAACUACUUACUACUUUUUAGCUACUUUGCAACUACUUGGCAUAUUAGCUAACCCUUCCCCUAACCCUAACCUUAACCCUUUUAGCUAACCCUUCCCCUAACCCUAACCUUAACCCUUUUAACUAACUCUUCCCCUAACCCUAACCUUAACCAUUUUAGCUAACCCGUUCCCCUAACCCUAACCCUUUAAUCUGACUCCUAAACUUAACCCUAACCUUAACCUCUAACCCUAACCCCUAGCCUAGCUUACGUUAUAAUUUAAUUCAAAUUACAUUCAAAUUCUGCUUCCUAAUUCCAAGAGUUGAAUUGAAAUUAGAGAGCAAUUCUCAAUUCAGAAUUGACCCCAACCCUGCUUGAGCGGAACAAGUGUAAACUUCAUAGGAAAUGGGGGAAAACAGAAUUGGGCUUAUCAUCCAGAAACAACUCCUUACCCUUAUAUUGACAGACUUUUCAGGUUGCAAAUGAUAAAUUAACAAAAUUCCUGAAAGUAACUGUUUUUUAAAUGUUUCCAUUGAGGAUUUUGAAAGGCAUAUUCCUUUUCUUUGCAAUCCUAUUAUACCUAUCCCAUAUUUUCAUAACACCACAAAUUCCACAGGGGUAGGAGUAAGACGUUAUUUCUGGACAUGGCCUGUGCAGCUCCCCUGCUCUGUGUGUUCUCUUUAAUGCUUACCCCUUCUGUUUUUCAGGUGGCUUUUGACACAAACAAUUCUAAGCGGAAAAGAUGAUUGUGCAGUAAAAAUGCUGAAGCAGGCUUUUAUCAUGGGUCAUCCUAUAGCUUCCCAGAUGCUCAGAUACGACGCUGGUAAAAACAAUUAAUGUAUAUAUACACUACCGUUCAAAAGUUUGUGGUCACUUAGAAAUGUCCUUGUUUUCGAAAGAAAAGCAAUUUUUUGUCCAUUAAAAUAACAUCAAAUUGAUCAGAAAUACAGUGUAGACAUUGUUAAUGUUGGAAAUGGCUAUUGUAGCUGGAAAUGGCUGAUUUUUAAUGGAAUAUCUACAUAGGCGUACAGAGGCCCAUUAUCAGCAACCAUCAGUCCUGUGUUCCAAUGGCACGUUGUGUUUGCUAAUCCAAACGUAUCAUUUUAAAAGGCUAAUUGAUCAUUAGAAAACCCUUUCGCAAUUAUGUUAGCACAGCUGAAAACUCCUGUGUAGCUCAGUUGGUAGAGCAUGGCGCUUGCAACGCCAGGGUUUUGGGUUCGAUUCCCACGGGGGGCCAGUAUGAAAAAUGUAUGCACUCACUAACUGUAAGUUGCUCUGGAUAAGAGCGUCUGCUAAAUGACUCAAAUGUAAAUGUAAAACUGUUGUGCUGAUUAAAGAAGCAAUAAAACUGGCCUUCUUGAGACUAGUUGAGUAACUGGAGCAUCAGCAAUUGUGGGUUCGAUUACAGGCUCAAAAGGGCCAGAAACAAAUAACUUUCUUCUGAAACUCGUCAGACUAUUCUUGUUCUGAGAAAUGAAGGCUAUUCCAUGCAAGAAAUUGCCAAGAAACUGAAGAUCUCGUACAACGCUGUGUACUACUCCCUUCACAGAACAGCGCAAACUGUCUCUAACCAGAAUAGAAAGAGGAGUGGGAGGCCCCGGUGCAAAACUGAGCAAGCGGACAAAUACAUUAGAGUGUCUAGUUUGAGAAACAGACGCCUCACAGGUCCUCAACUGGCAGCUUCAUUAAAUAGUACCCGCAAAAAACGUCUCAACAGUGAAGAGGCGACUCCGGGAUGCUGACCUUCUAGGCAGAGUUGCAAAUAAAAUCCCAGUGUCUGUGUUCUUUUGCCCAUCUUAAUCUUUUAUUUUUAUUGGCCAGUCUGAGAUAUGGCUUUUUCUUUGCAACUCUGAAGGUCAGCAUCCCAUAGUCGCCUCUUCACUGUUGACGUUAAGACUGGUGUUUGCUGGUACUAUUUAAUGAAAAAAAAACAGGGAAAAAAUGCAUACUUUCUUUAUGAAACACCAUUUCCACCACCAUUUUUGUAUUUUCUGAUCAUUUAGGAUGUUGGACACCCUUAAUUGGCUGAACGCUGUGUGCAACAUCCUAAAUUGUCUGAAAAUACGAAAAUGGUGGUGGAAAAUUGUGUUUCAUAAAGAAAGUAUGCAUUUUUCCCUGUUUUUUUCUGCCUUCUCACCAUUAAAGCUAGUUAACGAGGUAAAUGAUGCUUUUGCACCCUGAAUGGAGGAUGCUUUUAUAUACGAGCCGUCUACGGGAGACACAAGUUUAUUACCGGAUAUGUGCAUCAAGUCUAGCUAGAUGAUAGUGCAGAUCUAGCGCCCAUGCAUUAUCGGAUGCCUAGGCUAAAUGUGUAGUUGAGAAGGACUAGUGUUUGAACCUAUCACUAACAUUCAUUCUCUCAACAUGUAAAAAUCCCUUGUAAAUGUGAAAAUAUGCACUCUUAUUGUAGGAUUUGUUGACGCCGCACUACGUACCGAUGGUAAAGUUGACAUGUCUGAUGAAGGCACAAGGAACUACUACAGAUAUGGCUACACUGACCUGGUCGAUGAAUAUCUCUACAAGGGGAUAAUCAACAAGAAUCAAGCACAAGACCUCAAAAUAUGGGUGAAAAGAGAAAUGCACCUGGACCGGGAUACCCCAGAGUACAAGGAGAUCCUUGAAGACAUUAAUGAUUUACUACGACUGUUUUUAUAUGUU